CUGAGGUGUCAUUCCAUGGAAAAACAGCUGUCAUUGCACCUGCACACAGAUGCUGAGAAAAUCAACCUUGCAAAAGAUUAUUUCUGCAUGUACACUUAAGACUGUGAGAAACCACUUGUUUUCUUGGUGCUUUGAAAAAGUCCACUGCUUCCUUAUGUCCCGAGCUGGAUCUGGCCCACAAAGAAACCUGCAGUGCAGGUCUGACCUGGGGUACAAGGUGAGUCUGACACCCCUGUACUAAAGAGAGAGCUUCUCCAGUCUCUCACAAUAAGGCAAGCUUUUCCAGCUCUCAGAUCAUUCUUGUAGCAUUUGAGAACCUUUUCUAGUUUCCAACAUCCAUUUUUAAAAUGGGAGUACCAGAACAGGACACAAUCUUCCAAUAAGAGUGUCCCUAAUGCUGUGUACAGAGGAAACAUCUACUCUCUACUCCUAGUUGAUACUCCUCUGCUUAUAUACCAAAGAUCGUACUUACCCUUUUAGCUAGUGUUGCACAGGUAGCACAUGUUCAAAGUUACCUACCCCUUCUUCUUUUUCAGCAUCAAAGCAGUUUAGAGUUCAGCCUCCCACUGUGUAUGCGAGACACAUUAUUUUUUGUUCCUUAAUGCGUGAUCUUGCAUUUGACUAUAUUAAAAUGCAUGCUCUUCCCAUGAGUCUAUCAUCUUAUUAUGUGAUUCAGAUUAGCCUGAAUAACUGAACUGUGGUCUUUCAUUAUUUACUAUUCCACCAAUUUGUGUCAUGUGCAUACUUAAUUAGGUAGGAUUUUAUAUAUUCCAAAUCAUUAAUACCUUCUUAGAAUACCAGUGAGCUGCAAUUCAAUCCCACCAGAAUCCCAGUAGAAACACCACUGUAGGAUUAUGACUCCUUAUGUACAGUUUCUUUGGUUAACCACUUAAUUCAUUUACUAUGGGUCACAGUGUUUUUGUCACAGUGCUACCUUUUUAAUUGGAAUGUCAUGCAGAACCAAGUCACGCACCUUACAGAAAUCUAGUGUAAUGGCAUUGACAUAAAUUAUCUGCCAGACUUGGAAGUGAGUAUGAAGAGGAAUAAUGCAGCAAUUAAAGUCCUGGCAACAUAGAAGCAGAGAUGUUUUUUAUUUUAUCCAAAUAUAAAGUUGCAGUAAUACUGAUAUGUAGAAAAAACAACUUGAUGUUCUUCACUGGUUUAACCUAAUAUCAGCCAUACAGCCCAUGGGCUCUGCUUUCUUGAGCAAUUACUUUCUUCUCACCCCGUGGCCCUGUGAUUUUUUUAAGACCGACUGACCAAUCCAGCACCAAGUUCUGGAACAAUACCUUAAACACUGCGGUUUUUAGGGUCCCAUAUUGCACAUGCAGAGCAGGAUGUUCCUGGUCGGCCUGUCAGGUGGAAUUGCUUCAGGAAAAAGCAUGGUAGUGGCAGUAUUCCGGGAACUGGGCUGUGCAGUGAUUGAUGCCGAUGUUAUUGCCAGACAGGUGGUUCAGCCCCACUUCUUGGCCUAUCAGCAGAUAGUGCAUUACUUUGGAACUGAAAUCCUUUUGGAGAGUGGGGAGAUAAACCGCGAGGCUCUGGGAAACAUUAUCUUCUCCCACCCGAAAAAACGACAGGUGCUGAACUCCAUCACUCACCCUGAGAUCCAGAAGGAGAUGCUGAAACAGAUCUUUAAAUAUUUUGUACUAGGCUACCGUUAUGUGAUCCUGGACAUCCCUCUUCUCUUUGAGACCAACAAGCUAACCAAGUUCAUGAAACACACCAUCCUGGUUUACUGUGAUCCGCAGACCCAGCUGUCGCGGUUGAUGAAGAGGAAUGGCCUGUCCCAGUCCGAGGCAGAGGCACGCAUUGCCUCCCAGCUGCCUCUGGACGAGAAGCGCAAAUUAGCCACUCACGUGAUUGACAACUCCGGGGACUGGGAGAGCACACGGAGGCACGUGCUGAAGUUACACGGGCAGCUAGAGGACUCUCUGGAUUUUUUGCUGGUGCGCCUGGCUGCGGUCACGGCACUCGCUGGAAUAGGGGGGGCUGUGUGCUUCCUCCUCCGGCAUUUUGUCUCUUAAUUCACGUUUUUCUAGCUUUUGCCUUUUAAGGGGCCAAAACUCUGCCUGGAAUUUCCAAGUUUGAAAAGGGCAGUGAAAAGCCAGGAGUUUUAAUGAGCUUUGCUGUCUGAAUACAGACGAUGAGAUGAGGA